AGAUCAGCAAAAGAACAGUGGAACAGAAGGUGCCGUGGAACGCUCCACCAUGAAGCUGAACUUAAUACUCGCCUUGAUUCUCCUCAUUUACCCAUUCGCAGCCAUCGGAGGAAGAGCUCAGCGCAGACAGAGACAGGCUGAGGAGAGGCUGGCUCCAUACAUUGGCAGAGUGAACCCAGAAAAGCUUUGUGAGCUGCUCAAAUGCCACAGUCCUGUGGGAUCCUGGUGCCAGGUGGUUCAGGAAAAAGGAAUUCUUAAACCGAAGUGUGUUUGUCCACAGUUGUGCCCACGGCAGAGGGCACCAGUCUGCAGUGUUCUUGGAAAGACCUACAGGAAUGAGUGCUUGCUUCACAAAGAAGCCUGUAGGAAGAGGAAACGCACUGGGGUGGCUCAUACAGGACCCUGUCUUGUCCCCAAGAGCAAAUGUACUGAGGAAGAGUUAGGCCAGUUUCCAUACCGUCUCCUGGACUGGUUUCUUCUCCUGAGGCGAAUGGGGCAGUCCUCUACACCCACAGCUCUGCCACAAACCUGUCUCAGCCAUGCCCAGAGGACUCAACUGGCAAAGGUCUUGUGAUCGCAACAACAACAAGAGGGUAACUGUGAGAGAGUGGACAUCUUGUCUGGUGGAUCGUUCUGAGACUUGGUUUUAUCAUUUCAUGUCUAUGAAAAUGGGGUCCCACCUGCUGUGUCCUACAGUCAAACACGAACUCCUGCAUCGCUUUUGAACUUGCAUCAUUACAGCUAGAAACAACGGGAUCUCCACAAACAAUGCUCACUUAUCCCUUUCUCUGCUUGUCAUAUGGUGAUUCAUCACAAAAACAUUAUUUGCUGUCUGCUCAUGGCAUGUAUGCCCUAAAUUCCCAAACAUUCCUUCUCUGCCAAUUACAUUUACUGCUAAUUGAUUUUGCUGACAUUUGCACAAUUGUGUUGUAAAAGAGAGAAGACAAUGGGUACCAAUGAAACCAAAUGAACACGGCACGCUUUGAAUAACCAAUUACAAGGAGGGGCGGCUGCACAAAAAGACAUGCAAAGCUAGAUGGAAGAUGAAGAUAUAUGUUGGAGAAAUCCUUGGUGUGAGGUGAUGUGACCAGAGAAAAUAAACAGAUUAAAAAAGAAGGUUAUGCAGAGAAACAAUGAAAAGUGUUAUGGUACAUCAGAGGAAGGCGAGGGAACAAUGAGAAGGACAAAAAGAAGAGAGAAAGUGUGUUUGUGAAAGAUGGGAGGAGGUAAUGCACUGUAAACGGGAGUGAGAGUAAUGGAGUAAUGCAUAAAAAAUGGAUCAGAAAUGAGGAAACACUGUGAACAGAGAGUGAGGGAGAUGGUGGUUGUAAAGAAAGGAAAAAAGGAAGGGGAUGAAUGCAAGAAAGAGAUGGAGAUAGGAACAUUUUAACGCUGCCAAAAAAAUCUUGGCUGCCAGUCAUUUCCUUAAGUCUUUCGGAGCAUGAUGCAAAGUAUCUUAAACUAUUAACCCCAAACAAAAUAAAAUUGUUGUCUUUUACACUUUAUUUAAGCUUACUAACUUUUUAUAUGUGUGUGUGCAUCAUUAAUAAAAUAUAAAACAGUGCUCUCAAAACUCUCGUAACUUCAU